AUGGGUAUUCUGGUCAUAUGGAAAGCAUCGAUUUUUGAAGCUUUGGGAAGUAUGAUACUCAUUUGGAUCAUCGGGGUAGCUUCUUUGGUUUUCACACUAGAAGGACCUAUAGGGGUAGCUUCUGGACUUGCUUUCCUUUAUGGAACCGCAGUGACAAUCAUCAUGUACUCUCUGAAACCAAUCACAGGUGCACACAUCAACCCGAUCAUCACCUUAUCCCAGCUCGCCAUUGGCAAUACAUCCCUUUUCAGAUCACUAUCGUACAUUCUAGCCCAAAUGCUUGGUGCUAUCACAGGAGGUGGGUUAGUUGCUGCAGCUCUAGGUAAACAUGCUUCAGAUCUGGCAAAUGGUGGAUGUGCGAUCGAUGAGAAGAGUGGUUUUACAACUGGUCAGGCCUUUGCAUUGGAGUUUAUGGCUGCCUUAGUCUUAUUGACUUUUGCUCAGGGAACUGUGCAUUCUCUUAGACCAAAUGGAACUCAAAGUGUUUACCUAUCUCCAGUCCUAUACGGUUUAUCAGUUGGAUUGAUAUGUUUUUGUACAUCUGGGUUUGCCCCUCAUGCUGGAUAUAUCGGAGCUUAUGGAUUCCCUAAUAUAUGUUUUGGACUUUCAUUUGGAAUUUUGAAAUUCCAAUCCAUACAUUGGGUAUUUUGGAUUCCAGGAUUCUGUGCAGUGAUUCUACAUGGGAUAUUAUACAGGUUCUUGAAUCCUUAUGAAAAUUCAGAUUCAAUGGAUGAAUUGAAUGUACACACAACUCGAAUGCCCAGUUGGGGCCUUAGAAGGUCUAGGCAUAAUCCAGUGACUUCAAUAAAUACAAAUCUUGCAUAA